CGGGAAUUUCACUGCCGAUCGAGGAAAAACUCCAACGAAGGGAUCUGCUUACCAGUUGUCCGAAUUAGAGUCUCAUAAUUUUGUAGUCGUUUUCUUGUUGACUUAAUUUUCAUAAAUAGCGAAUGUUCAUCAGCGGCUUCUGUUUAGGAGCCAGGAAAGGCAGGGAGGCGUUUUCCUUACAUGACCCCUCUCUCUCCCUCCUCGAUCCUGCCUGCUGUUUAGGAAAAUUCAUGGUCAGGUCGUGCCAUCUCCACAUCCGCUAGUUUCUUUACCUCCUAACUGCCCUUCCUCUCUCUUUCUCUCUCUCUAUAAAUUCCCACCUUCCUCCCUCCCUACAUUCUUGCACUAAGAAAACGCAUCUACCUCCGACUCACCGGUUUCCAUUAUUGCUGGUCAUCCCUUUUUCUCCUGCUCUCUGUUGGUGCUACGUCUAUUUUCUUUGGACCACUUUAGGUUUCAUCUCAUCCUGAAACUAUAAACAAUGUCAGCUGUCGGGAACCAAUCUGCGCAGGAGGGCAGAUACACUCCUAAAAGCAUUCUUAUCACAGGUGCUGCAGGUUUUAUUGCCUCACAUGUUUGCAAUAGGCUUAUCAGAAACUACCCCGAAUACAAGAUUGUGGUGCUUGAUAAACUCGACUACUGUUCCAACCUUAAAAAUCUCAAUCCUUCGAGGUCCUCACCAAACUUCAAAUUUGUUAAGGGAGAUAUUGCCAGUGCUGAUCUCGUGAACUUCCUUCUGAUCACUGAAGGCAUUGACACUAUAAUGCAUUUUGCAGCACAAACCCAUGUUGACAAUUCAUUUGGGAACAGCUUUGAGUUCACAAAGAACAAUAUUUAUGGAACUCAUGUCCUUUUGGAGGCAUGCAAAGUCACUGGCCAGAUCAAGAGGUUCAUCCAUGUGAGUACUGAUGAAGUUUAUGGUGAAACUGAUGAGGAUGCUGUAGUCGGGAAUCAUGAAGCUUCCCAGCUUCUUCCAACGAAUCCCUACUCUGCAACAAAGGCUGGGGCUGAAAUGCUUGUCAUGGCCUAUGGUAGAUCCUAUGGGUUGCCGGUCAUAACCACAAGGGGAAAUAACGUCUAUGGACCCAAUCAAUUUCCAGAAAAGCUUAUCCCAAAAUUCAUUCUCUUGGCCAUGGCAAAGAAAGAGCUCCCCAUUCAUGGUGAUGGCUCCAAUGUUAGGAGUUAUCUUUACUGUGAAGAUGUGGCAGAGGCUUUUGAAGUUAUUCUCCACAAAGGAGAAGUUGGCCAUGUUUACAACAUUGGGACAAAGAAGGAAAGGAGGGUGCUUGAUGUUGCGAAAGAUAUUUGCAAGCUUUUCUCAAUGGAUCCAGAUAGGGCCAUCCGAUUUGUGGAAAAUAGACCAUUUAAUGACCAGAGGUACUUUUUGGAUGAUCAGAAACUGAAAAUUUUAGGUUGGUCAGAGCGAACUACAUGGGAUGAGGGGUUGAGAAAGACCAUGGACUGGUAUACCAGCAACCCAGAUUGGUGGGGUGAUGUCUCGGGUGCAUUGCUGCCUCACCCAAGAAUGCUAAUGAUGGCAGGGACAGAGAGACAUUCUGACAUGCCUGAAGAUUAUGCUCAGGCUUCUCCUGUGACGACUAAAUCUCGUCAAGAUCAUAUGGUUGUUCCACUUCCAAAGAGCCCAAAGAGUCCUCAAAAGUCACAGCUAAAGUUCUUGAUAUAUGGCCGUACUGGAUGGAUAGGUGGACUUCUUGGUGGACUGUGUGAGAAACAGGGAAUACCCUUUGAGUAUGGAAGAGGCAGAAUGGAGGACAGAUCACAAUUAAUAGCAGAUAUUCUCACUGUAAAGCCAACCCAUGUUUUCAAUGCUGCUGGAGUGACCGGUAGGCCAAAUGUUGACUGGUGUGAGUCUCACAAGACCGAGACCAUCCGCACCAAUGUUGCAGGUACUCUUACUUUGGCAGAUGUGUGCAAAGAGCAAGGAUUAUUGAUGAUAAAUUUUGCCACUGGAUGCAUAUUUGAAUAUGAUGCCGACCACCCAGAGGGAUCAGGCAUUGGAUUCAAAGAAGAAGACAAGCCAAAUUUCACUGGUUCAUUCUAUUCAAAAACUAAAGCAAUGGUUGAAGAGCUUUUGCAGGAAUAUGACAAUGUGUGCACUCUUCGAGUUAGAAUGCCCAUCUCAUCUGAUCUUAACAACCCUAGGAACUUCAUCACAAAAAUCUCCCGCUAUAACAAAGUGGUCAACAUUCCAAACAGCAUGACUAUCUUGGAUGAGCUUCUGCCCAUAUCAAUUGAGAUGGCAAAAAGAAAUUUGAAGGGCAUAUGGAAUUUCACAAACCCAGGUGUUGUAAGCCAUAAUGAGAUCCUGGAGAUGUACAAGCACUAUAUAGACCCAAGCUUCAAAUGGUCUAAUUUCUCACUUGAAGAGCAAGCCAAAGUUAUAGUUGCACCUCGAAGCAACAAUGAGCUGGACGCGACAAAGUUGAAGAAGGAGUUCCCGGAGUUGCUUUCAAUCAAAGAAUCACUUCUGAAGUAUGUCUUUGAGCCAAACUCAAAGAUUGCUAAUGGAGCUGCUUAGGAAUUUGUUUCUCAUGAGUCGUGGUUAUGCUGCCUGACUAACCUCUAUAAGCGGAGUACUACUAUGGUCUACAGUCUUUGUCUUUUUCAUUGUUACUUAGUUACUAGAUCUAGCUAUCAGGUUUCAUUUUUAUGAUAUUUAGCCAUUUCCAUCGGUUACUACAUCUAGCUAUUUCCUUUGUCCAUUGCCAAAUGAGUACGUCUAGCUACUAUUUUUCUUCUUCUGGUACUUCGGCCCAUACCUUCUCAUUGUUUAGCUCCUUUCAUGGGCUCUAUCUCUCUCUCUCUCUACCCGCCCCCAUUGUGUCUUACUCUUCUGGUGGCUCCAUGGGAUGGGAUUGGCUGACACGAGACUUUUUUGCUAAUUCAUUUGUAUUUGACGCACUAUUCUUCUAUUGGAUUUUGCAUUUUUGUAA